UAUUCUGCAUUUCUUAUUACUCUUAAUUAUCAUUAACUAAUGUGUUUUGGAUGUGCUUUAAAGGGACAGUGUGUGCAUGCUGUCAUUGUGAUAGCUCAGCCCUCUGUGGCCAGAGAAAUCAAUCUCUCAUUACUUAGAGCCAAUCUUGGUGCCACACACCAAGACGUGGGAGUAACAAAGCCUCUCUGUUCUGAUUUUUAAAGAGAAAAGCAACUUCAGAGAGGAUUUUCAGCAGGUGGAGGAAAUGUUGCCACUUCUUCAUUCCAAAUGAGGGGCUCCCAUCAUGGAGUUCCAAACAUGUAUUUAUCCUUGCAAGCACACCUGGAUUCUACGAGGAGCUGCAGCUGAUUGGGGCAGUAGUGGCUGAUUGCAGCAGAGAAAGACUGGGUGGGGAAAAGAAAUUCAGCACUUCCUUCCCCCGGUGCUCUAAACUGCCUCCCCCUAAAGCAACUUCUUGCUUUUAAAAACUCCAUGCACCACAGUUUUAUUGCAUACAUUUGUAUGUAAUGUUUACUUUGGCCAUUAGUGCUUUAUAGUUAUGGUGAAGCUGAUAACUCUCAAGUCCCGGCUGUGAACCUUUGGGAAGCUGCAGUGAAUACAAACAGACCAUGAAGGUAUUUGCCAUAUUGUUCAGAGAGAACUUCCUUUUUUAUAAUUCAGUUAUUAGGUGGUGCUGGGUGAAGCUAUUCUGUUUUAGUGCAGGAUCAGUAGGAUGCAGAGCAUGUAAAGGUGUGACUGAAGGAUUCAGGAUUACCCAGCCUUCUUCCAUACAAUAAUAUGUGCUGUUCAGCCACGGCAGGGACAAUAUGUUGACACUCAAAGGAGAAAACGGGUUUCUUAGCUGUGCACUUGCAUUCUUGAAGAGUGGUCCACAAGCAGCCAUACGUCUAGCCUUUCUCAUCACUAUGAUUGUGUCACCUGUUCUGGAUUCUGAAAUGAGGAGGAGGAAGCCCUGCCUGGGUAGAACAUGUUGCCACCAGAGGUGGCAAAAAGGCUAUUGGCUGGGGUGGGCCCCCUCCAGGUGAACCCUGAUAGUCAUAGCUUUCUAGAAAAGUCCCAAUUGGCCAAGUGUGGGGCCAUCACAGUUAUAACCUUAGCAGUGUGUGGACUACUCUCAGUAUCUGCUACAGGUACAUCUCCAUUUUCUUCAACAGGUUCCCAACCCACACAAAGAUAUCUACUGCUCCAUAAUCCUACAGAGAUGGAGCGGGCGGGUGGGAGGACAGGAGGCUGCAAAGAAACCAGAAGCUUAUGCAGGCCUAUUGAUUUAACUCUAUGGUUGAGAGCAGUUGAACAUAGAAUGUUAGGAAGUCAGUUAAAAAAACACCCAUCUUAAAGGGAGGGGAGGGCAUUAGCCUCUUCAGGCUUCUGACACCUUGUAGUGAGUAUUGUAGAGGGUGGCAGGCAUUAAAAUUGGGGGAUUUGCAUAUUUUGUUUAUUUCCAGUAUUUCUAGCCUUCUUUCCCCCACCACAAUCACUAAAACAAUCUAUCAGUCUGAAAACCAUAGAUAGCACAAACAACUUAAAAUGCCUGCUGAAGCAGAAAGCAAGUUCAACAAGGAAGGAAAUUGUCUGAUUUCCAGUCAGGAGUGAGUUCCACAGAAUUGGACCCUCGCAUGGCUCCUGGUGGAGAUGAACCGUUCCUCUGAAACAUGGGGGACUAGUAACGGAGACACACACAUCCCGGAAAGAUCACAGUGAUAUCUCCAGAAUAUAAGAAAUAAGGCAGUGCCAGAUUUAGGACAAUACAGGUCGUUUCCCCCGAGCCAAGGGGGCACAAAAUUGAGAAGAUCCUUUUGGAGGGGCCAAAUUUGGCCUCGCACAGGGUGCCAUGUUACCAAAGAUUACCAAUGUCUGCCCCUAAGUAAGGAUAUCCUGAACCCAAGUUGUUAGGGGUCUUGUCAGUUAAUACUUGGCCCAUUAAUGUAUAGGCAGCCAGUACAAGCUUUUCAGCACUGAAAUUAUGUGCUGGUGGUAGUAAUCUGUCCCCACCAACAGUCGAGCCACAGCUGCAGCUUCUGGACCAGGUCCAAGGGUAGCUCCACACUGAGUGCAUUGCAGUAAUCAAGUACUGAGGUGGAUUAUGAAGACAGAGCACAGCCAUCAUAGAUGGCAGCCAUUGACAACCUUAUCUAUUAAUAAUUGUUCCUUUAACAGCUGUAUGAAAGGCAGCAAUUCAACCCGUUAACCAUUUACUAGUAUGAAAAUACAGUGAUAGGAAACAGUUCCUACCUGUUUGCUGCUCUGAUUGCUUUAUUUUGCUGCCUGCCAGCAGGGAGAAAUGGCAGUCUCUGUGUGAUGCCCUAUAUCCUAUCAACUUUUGUCCCACUCACCAUUUUGGCCUGGCUCAGCACUCCUAAUGCAAAGGGGUGUGUGUAUAAAGGCAGGCAUUAAAUGGCAGCAGAAUAGAAUGUAACAAGUACACUCUGUGACAAUUCAAGCAUAAUGUAAAUGCUUGCAAAAUGGCCUAUCAUAGCAGCAGUGAUAAUUGGUGACGACAGAAUCAUCUGAGUAAAUGAGAACUUGCACCAGGACAGGAAACCAUUGUCUCAAUUCAGACCCAAAUGAAUAGAAUUCAACUUUUUAAUUAGUUUCAGUUGAGCACUUUCGUGCUAGAGCUUUCCUUCCAAGUUCCAGAAUUGUCAUUUAAAGUUUCCCUGAGGCUGGUCAUUGAAGAUGGCCAGCAAGCAAGGGUACAGUUGUCUCUCUGAUGGCUCACUGGAUGUUCCCUCUUCCAGCCCUGAAGGCACCCUGAGCCUCAGUCCUCACAGCCCUGGGCUCUGCCUGAUCUCCACGCCCACAGCAGAGACCCACUGGCUGAGCAGCGCCCCACCCCAGCCAGAAUCGCCUGGAGAAAUGAAUGUAACAUUGGAGAAACUCCUGGCUCCCAUUACGGAAAAGCUCAAGUAUUUGCUGAAGAAAGCAGAGGACUUCCAGACGUAUCUGCUGUACAGCAGAGACAGAAUGCAGAAGGAGCAAUUUGCCAAAGCCAUGCCCACGUUCCUGCAGAUGUGCCAGCCUUACUUCCACUACCUGGAAUCCACAGCGCGAAGCUGCACUCCUUAUUUAAGACCCCCACAGGAACCAGUGAGGAGGCGCCUCCUGGAGAUCUCCCAGCAGUUGGCCUGCCAGCUUGAGCAACUGGUGCUGAUGUAUGCUUCUUUCAGCUUUGUCUCUUUAGAAGACACUGACCCAUUCAGUGUCUCAUGCUUCUUCUGUGGAAAGUUUUGGCUGAAUGAGUUGCGACAAGUUUCCAUCUUCCGAUAUUGCAUCCCAGCACCCUACACAGCUGCCCAUAUUCCCCGCAACCUCUAUAAGAAGAUGCGCUGGAACCUCGAUAUCUUGGAAGGCUCUGCUUGCCGGAAUCAAACACCCCGGACAGAAUACUACUUCCUGUGCUUCCGGGAUACAGGAGAUGAGACAACAGCGAAGAUGCAGAAGCUCUGGUCCAUUGGGCGCUGGGUGCCUUUGGAUCCUGACAGUGACCACAGCUCCGAUGUGCUCUCCUGGGUCUUGUGCCGCCAGCCCAUGGGGGAUUACCAGCAGCUCCUGACAAUUGGGUUUGAGGAACCCUCCCACACGCUUGCCACGGACCUCUUGGUGCAGAUGCUCAGUGCUCAGAGCGCCAGUAUGCUGAACCGCGAGUCCUCCUGCUGGGUGAGCUCAGGGGAACAGGUGCAGUGAAAAACGUACCUUCAUGGUAUGCCACCAAGGGGCAGCCCACUGCCUCCUGCCACCACCAAUGUCACAUUUGUGGCAUAAGAUGCUACCCUCACAUUAGGCACAGUGAGGUCAUGCUAGAUAUUGGCAUGCAGAUAUGCCAGUUUAGGAUUUUUGUGUUGAAGUUGAAAAAUUUUGAGGUCACCCCCUUCCUAAUGUUAAUCCUCUUGUGCUUGCACUGCUUGCAAUGAGAUGUGACUGAUAUUUUUUGAACAAGAAUAUACUUGCUUGCCCUUCUGCUGGCUUCCUAUGCCUGGCCACUGAACAGGUACAGCCCACUUUGAGAUAAGCCAUAUCACCAAAGUACUGAGGCUCUCGUGUGCCUCCUUACAAGGUGAAGCAGAAUAGAGCUGGAAGUCACAUUUGCCUUUGAAUUCCCUGUUUCCCUCUGAGCUCUAGUCACUUGUGGCUUAAGGCAGGUCAAAGUAUCUGAAAUACCUAAGCGGGGACAUCUAGAAAGCUUUUUAUUUUUAAAAUGUCUAUGUAUAGCUUUCUUAAUAAAGAAGUGGUGACUAUUUUCAGGCUCAACUUUA